GUUUUUUCGUCCCCUCCCACCCCCUCCCCACCCCACCGGUCUCCCUCCCUCCCUCGAACCCUAGCUUCCCCUCGUCUCCCUGCCUCCAGCCGCACCCGCCGCCGGACCCCAAUCCCCGAUCUGACCCCCCCCCCCCUCAUGCCCUCUCCAUCCUCCUCCUCAAGACGUCACCAUCGCCUCCGUUCGUCUUCUCCCGCGCCGGCGCCGUCGUUCGUCUUCUCCCGCGCCGGCGCCGUCGAGGCCGAGUCGUUCCACUUCCCGCUCUGGCAGGUCUGCGCGGCCGCGUGCGGGGCGUUCGUCUUCUCCCGCGCCGAUGUCGUCGAGGCCGAGGCGUUCGACUUCCCGCUCUGGCAGGUCUGCGUGACCGCGUGCGGGGUGGGGCCGGCCGAGGUGGCGUCCCUCGACGGGCACACCAGGCUGCGCGCCGCCGCGGCGGCUGGCAGGACCGGCGCCGGCGUGGCCAACCCCACGGCCAUGGUCGUCACCCACGUGCUCCACAACAAGCACGAGUUCCCCUUCACCGCCGGCACCUGCGACCUCGUCCUGCUGUCUCUUGGCGGGAACGCCGCUGCCGGGUCGGGCGCCCGCGGUCGUCCUCCAGCCUCCUGCGCAUCGCCGGCACGUGCCAGGCCGACAUCGGACAGUGCAGUGAACACGAGCAAAUAAAUUGGUAGAAGGUGCAGACGACUAUCUGAACCAAGGCUUGUGUAGUAUGUAAAGUGAGUUGCAGAUGCAGUAUCUACCUUUUUGAUAAGUAUUGGGUGUAGGUAAGACACAUCUAAUCUGAAUUGAGAUAUGGAUGGCGUCAAUAGUCUGUAUGUUCGAUUUUCGAUUGAAUGUUGAAUUAUUAUCAACUAGAUCUGCAUCCACCGACAUUACUAGCUCCUCCUUGAAUACCAACUGUCGGAAAGAGAGCAAUGGUACUGUGAUUGUACUGUUUUAUGCCAGGUGUUAAGGAAUACUAUUUGCAAGCAGUUAGCGAGGAACUGACGGUGCAUUAUAUUGUAUAGAAGGUUCUUUUGAUCCUGAAAAGCCAAUUGUGCAUUUAUUGUACUGUACCUAAUUUGGCCCUCCUGAAUCUCUAUAUACUACCCCGUCCAUUCCUAAAUGUAUGUCUUUUUAGAUAUUUCAAUAUGAACUACAUACGAAUGUAUGUAGACAUAGUUUAGAGUGUAGAUUCACUUAUUUUGCUAUGAAUGUAGUCUAUAUUGGAAUCUCUAAAAAAGACUUAUAUUUAGGAAUGGAGGGAGUACAUAUACAUAUGAUAGUUAUGUCAAGUACUUUUUUAGUCUCAGCUUUUUUAAAUCUUGUGACUUAUCAAUGCCAGCUUACUAGACAAUGCGAAGGAAGCCCAGAAGUGUGAUUCAGUGGAUAUAUUGUUGUUGCAUAUGCCUUGCAUGCAAAUUUAAAUAUGAGGGAUUCAAGGGCUAGGUAGCAUGCUUCUACUUGACUGAAUUUAAGUAGGAGAGAUUAUCAAUUGCGUGCCGAGUCUUGUUGUACUUUCUGGGUUGUUUGAUUUCCUUUGGUGGUUUUUCAAAAUAAUCUUGAUUUAACCAUGAUUUGCUCUGGUGGUUUUUUGAAAUAGUCUUCGUUUCGCAAAGACAUCAUGGUGAUCGCGCCUGGAAUACUCAAUGUCUUCGCUUGUGGUUUGUGUUCUUCAGGUCUUCACUUGCCAUGAUAUAUCUCUGAUUUCUUCUUCUCUGUUCUAAUUAGAGUCUGUUCUGUUUGCACCAAUUCGAGAUAAUGAUCGUGGAAUGCAGCAGCCAAGACAACAAGAUCUAGCUCGACUUAGGACUGAUGACAAAUAAAAUUUGAUUUAGAUGGUUCCUUGCAUCUUCCUCUCAUAAUUAAACCUAAUAAUACAAUUUUUUGUGCUCUUGCUUCUGCAGAUUCUAAAGAAUUGAUUUGUUGUUCGGGCAUUUCGUGCAUUUGGAGUUCACAGAUAAUACCGACAAUUUCUCAAACGAGUCAGCAUUAUCAUUCAGUCAGUAGGUUACUAAAUAAAGCCGGAGUUCGCAUGGAGCACCAACGAUAACCUCAAGCAGAUGCAUCGAGACAGGCAAAUCAGAGUUUAUGGCACCCGAACUCUUCACUGGCAAUUUUAACGAGUUGGUGGACAUAUAUUCGUUUUGGAUGUGCAUGCCUGAAAUGAAAAGAAAAUGAUGGAAAAGUCUUGGACCUUGCUUAAUGCUUGGAACUACACCUUUCCAAACAUCCUUGUUGCUUGAUGCCAAGAGGAUUUCUCCAAGAGAUUGGAACUAUGUUCCUCUGCAGUUCUCCAUUCAGACAUUUCUAUGGUUAGAGCUUUCUUCUGACAAAAUUGUGCUGGUGUCUGGUUGUAAAACGUAUUUCCUAUUACAGCUGAGAAAGAGAGUAAGUAAAAAGGGUAAGCCAAGGGCUAGCCUAAAAUUCCAAAAGGACUAUUUCCUGAGGUAUUUGUCGCCGGCCAACCUGUCAUCAACCCAGGGUUGGUCGCUUGAACGACAUUCACUUCGAGGGAGUUUUGAUUAAAAGUUUGUGACUUGUCA